AGGGGCUCAUGGUGAAGUGGGCGUGCCCCGUGUACCGGAAGUAAAGGGCCACCUUGGUGAGGAAGCUCGUGUGGUGUGGAUUCUGCCAUGCUGAAAGGGUGACAAUGGCUUUAAACAGGAUCCUCUGCCUAUCCAGAAAACAUCUCUGGAGGGCUUCAGUUGGAUUUCAGGAACCCCUGGAGAUCUGGGCCCACCUGGGCUUAUACUCCCCAGGCUCAGAUUUCCACAGUUCCCCGGUUUCCUCUGCUGGGCACAAUAAGUGGUCCAAGGUGAAGCAUAUAAAAGGUCCCAAGGAUGAGGCGCGGGCGCGGCUAUUUGCCAAACUGGCCGUGAUGAUCAAAGUGGCCGUCAAAGAAGGAGGACCGAACCCGGACCUGAAUGUCAAUUUGGCGCAGCUGAUCGAGCAAUGUCGGCAACGAAACAUGCCAAAGAGUUCCAUCGACAAUGCCAUCAAAGGGGCGGAUAAGUCGAAGCCCACGUCUUACGCACUGUAUGAGGGGAGAGGACCCGGUGGCUCCUCACUGCUCAUUGAGGCUCUCACAGACAACAACAAGCGGUCAUAUGCAGAACUCAAGCUUAUCAUGGCAAGGAAUGGGGGAUCAAUGUGCGACGGAGCCCGGCACUGUUUUGAUAAGAAGGGGGUUGUGACGGUGCAAACUAAUGACGGCGAGGGGAACGCCGUGCAGCUGGAACGGGCGCUCGAACUGGCUAUAGAAGCAGGAGCUGAGGAUGUGCAGGAAACACAAGAUGAAGAAGAGAGGGACGUGUACAAGUAUAUCUGUGAUGUGUCGUCUUUGCGUGACAUUCGCUCCAAUUUAGUCUCUUUGGGUCUGGUGCCGCUCACCUCUGGACCAGAGUUCCUCCCAAACCUCACUGUGAGACUCUCAGACGCUGACAUGGAGCUGGCGUCGCAACUCCUAGAGUUAAUCCACAAUCAAACAGACGUGAUGAGGGUCUAUGACAACAUUGAGUAGAGCAGCAGAACCCAGAGUGAUGUGAAUGCCUUCAUGAUGCCACGUUCUGGAAGGACUGUAACGUCUGGUGGAGUGAGUG